UUUUUGUUCAAUAAUUGAAAAAUAUGAUAAAGCUGAUAUGGAGUUUAUUCACUCAGCAUGCUAUUCCAAGCUUGUUGGGCUUAAUGUACUACUUUCUGCUGAUGGUCUUUCUGCUCUUCAUCUAUCACUAUAUUAGCUAUUCUAUGCGUCGAAAAGAUCCUUCUUACCAAGAGCUUUUCGAGAAAUUGGAUGGAUUUGCAAGACCGGCAAUACUAAUGUUCAUAAUGUUCUUGAUAUUCACCUAUGUAGCUCAAAAUAUUGAAGGCUUUGACCAAGUGUUAAUAAAAGGAGGAAUUUUAUCAUGAGUAACUAUCCCAUUGGUCUAUAUUUAUUAUUCCGAUCCUCACCGAUUCCUGUUUCUGUAACAACUGUCAUCAUGAUGAGCCAUUUAUAAUCGUUAGUAGCAGUAUGAAAUAAUCAC